CGUGACGAAUUGUGACGUCACGAUUACGAUAUUAAAAAUCCGUGGAUGAAGAUAUAAACAAUUUCAAGCAUGGCCGCACUUAGUGGUAGACAUUUACUGAGAAAAUUCAUCCGUUUUCACAGACCUUCAUAUUCAUCAGUUAAGAUAUCUGUUAGUUAUUUUUCAACUAGUAAUGCAAGACAUGUCGAGUUUUAUGAUUCUGCUAAAGAUGCAAUCAGUGAUAUUCCUAACGGAGCAAAAUUACUUGUUGGAGGCUUUGGAUUAUGUGGAAUACCAGAAAAUCUGAUUAAUGCAUUAGUUGAAUCAAAUAUAAAAGAUUUAACUGCUGUUAGUAAUAAUGCAGGUGUCGAUAAUUUUGGUUUGGGAUUACUUUUGCAGACAAAACAGAUUAAAAGAAUGAUUUCUUCUUAUGUGGGGGAAAAUGAAGAAUUUGAAAAGCAAUAUUUAUCUGGAGAAUUGGAAUUAGAAUUUGUUCCUCAGGGGACAUUAGCUGAAAGAAUACGUGCCGGAGGAGCUGGUGUUCCUGCAUUUUUUACACCUACAGGAUAUGGAACAUUGAUUCACGAAGGUGGUGCUCCUGUUAAAUACAAUCCUGAUGGAAGUAUUGCAAUUGCUAGUACAUCAAAAGAGGAACGUAUGAUAAAUGGACGAAAUUACAUUUUAGAAGAAGCUAUUACUGGUGAUUUUGCCCUGGUGAAAGCUUGGAAAGCGGACAGAGCUGGAAAUUUAAUAUUCAGGAAAACGGCCAACAAUUUUAAUACUCCAAUGUGUAAAGCUGCAAAAGUUACUAUAGCUGAGGUUGAAGAAAUUGUCGAUAUUGGUUCACUUAAUCCUGAAAGUAUUCAUGUUCCUAGUGUCUACGUGCAAAGGAUAAUUCAAGGACAAAAAUAUGAAAAAAGAGGGCCAUAUCCUUUGGAAGGUGAACAAGAUGCAGAUCUGAUUAAUGCGGGAAAAGAAACUGUAACAGCUGUACCUGGUGCUGCAUUUUUUUCUAGUGACGAAUCUUUUGGAAUGAUUAGAGGGGGUCAUAUUGAUCUGACUAUGUUAGGUGCAAUGCAAGUGUCACAAUUUGGAGAUUUAGCUAAUUGGAUGAUACCAGGAAAGUUAGUAAAAGGUAUGGGAGGAGCUAUGGACUUAGUGUCUAGUUCUUCAGCGGGAACUCGAGUCAUUGUUACAAUGGAACAUACUGCAAAAGGAGGUACACCAAAAAUUCUCCCUACAUGUAAUUUACCAUUGACUGGGAAAAAUUGUGUUGAUCUCAUAAUAACAGAAAAGGGAGUGUUUGAAGUUGAUAAAGAGAAAGGUUUAACAUUGGUUGAGAUUGCAGAUGGUGUAGAAAUUCAAGAUAUAGUAAAUAAUACUGCAUGUCAAUUUUCAGUUUCCGAAAGUUUAAAACCAAUGGGACAGAUUGCGACAUGAAUAAAUACAAUGUGUAAAAUAAUCAAGUCAAAAAAAAAA